GUGUCCGUUUUGUACGGUUCACAAUCUCACAGCUGCAAUUCAAGGACGACGAAGAGAAAAGAGGCACAUUUGAAUUUGAUCGAUCGUCGUCCCAAAUUCAACUGAACUCCCAGAAUCAGAAGACAUAGAACACAAUGGCAAAUCAUAAUUUUUCAUCUUCUUCCCUGCUCAGAAUUCUAAUUCUUCUACUAGUAUUCUUGCACUUCUCUCCCAUCAAUACAAAUGCCAAGUCUCGUCGCCCAAUCUCUGAUAUUGAGACAAGGCAGAAGAAGAGCCAGUGUUAUGCUGACAUUCAGAGCGGAUUGUGGGGUUGGCAAUGCAAAUCCUCCUUGAUAGCAAAAGAAAAUUGCGCUUUGCGAUGCCUUUCUCCUACUUGCUAUGAGCUUAUCUACGAGAGCGAUCCGCUUGAAGAAGGUGAAAAAGAUAUGCUUAGGGGCCAAGAGUUCAAAUACUGUAUGCAUAAGUUAUGCCAAUACCACUGUCUGCAUUUAUUAGCACAAAGAUUUUUGAUGAAUUGGAUCAAGGGAGGAGUGCAUUAGCGUGAUGGUUUUUCAAGUGGAUUAGAUGGAUCCCUUCUAAAUUUCCAUUGCAACUUGAUUUUGUGCGAUGCAUUUUAAAUAAAUUUCUACAAAAGAAAUAACAGAUAUUGAGUUGUUGACAAAGAAUAAACGUAGGUUGGACAAGUUAUAGAGAUUAUUUUUAUAGUGUGUUGAGAGAACCUUACUGUCACUUGUUAUAGUAGGAUAGUGAUUUCAGUCGCACGUAUUUGGUCUACACUUUAUUCAUAUUAUAAAACGGUCUUUCUGGAAGUGGCCUUGAAAACUUGGUGAAGAAUUCUUUAGUUUAGUGCAGUGGUAUUUUCUGAAGGCUGGAUGGAAUGCACUCAUAUUAAGGGGGUUACAUGUGUUAUCUCUGCAUCCUGAGCUGUUAGUAACAAAUUAACAAUAGGUUAAGGACCAGAGGCGAUGUGUUGGCUGAGGAGUAUGGCGUCUAUGCAUGCAGUAUACUUACUAGAUGCUAUAAAAAGGUAUAUUGGCAUUGUAGGUUCUCGUAUUGUUGAUAUAAAAGCUACCCUGCCAUCUUUUAGUGGAAUUUGGACCCUUGGAGGAUUAAGUAAAUAAGUUGUUGGUUUCCUUUAACUGAAAGCGCAGAUAUGAGUAGUCAGAUAAAGUACAAAUCUGUGUUUAUGAAGCUAAGAAAAUACUUAAACCUGGUUACUUCCUUGUGCUUUUAUGUGGUAAUUGACGAGCAACACUUCAAGCAAAUGAGUGGCUGGGAAAAUUAGCAAAAUUUGUGGUUCAACUUUAGCUUGCUCUCUCGGAACUUAUCUUGGCGUUGCUUUAUUGCAUAAAGGGGUUAAUAAAGCAACUUAUCUUUACAUAGUGGAAAAGGUUCCAAUGAAGUUGUGCUCUUGGAAAAAUAAAAUGCUUUCUAUGACAGGUAGACUCACUUUAAUUAAGUGUGUUGCCUCUGCUCUUUCUGUCUAUGCUAUGAAAACUGCAAGUCUCCCUAUCAGUGAUAUGGUGCCACUUGGCAUCAUAUUAUUGUGACAUGUAUAUCAUUGGGUGAUUAGAAAUUGUAACUAAGUGUGGUUAAAGCUGUUAGUUUGUUGCUUAGCAGAUAAGUAUGUUCAUAGUUAGUAUAAAUAUGGGUUUGUAAAGCAGUAUGGGUCAGUUGUAAAGUUGUCAUUUGUGUAAUAAUGAGUUACCUUUACAGUGCAAUAGAGAAAGACUUAGAGAGGGCCUUAACAAUCAGUAUUUGUGAUUCUCUUGAUAAAGUUAAUAGAAAUUGUCUAUAGGGUAGAGCUAAAUCUGGUUGGAAGUUGCUAAAAAAGGACAAUGGCUUACGGGCUGAUCCUUUCAACAACAAACUUUGGAGCGCUUCUCCUUCAUGGAGGAGUAUUCUUGAUGGGGCGGAGAUGUUACACAAAGGCCUUAAGUGGAAAAUUAGAAAUGGUAGAAAUACAAAGUUCUGAACUGUUAACUAAGUAUGCUCUGCCUUUAGUUCAAGAAAUCGAUCCAAAAUUAAAAGCUGCAGAUUUCAUUGAGAAGUUGCGGACUUUAAAUUUGAUCCCACUUGUAAAAGUUGUAAAUGUUAGAAAACCGCCUGAUCCAAGGAAGAGCAUCUGGAAUUUUACUAUUAAUUGGCUCAAAGCCAAUGCUGCCAAUGUUGAUACCUCUAGUAAACCCAACCGUGUCCAAGCUUUCUUAGCUUGGGAACCUCCUCUUUUGGAACUUUUAAGCUGAACAUGGAUGGUGCUAGGCUUGGUUCCGAUGGGGUGAAAGGAAGUGGAGGAUCAAUUAGGGGUUGGUGUGUUAUAUGGAUUAUUGGUAUUGUUGCUAAGAAAGGGGUUGGGGAAGUUCUCCAUGCUGAGCUUUGGGCAUUGUAUUAUGGUUUGAAGAUGGCUAAAAGAAGAAAGUUUUCUCAUCUGAUUGUGGAGGUGGACUCUUCUUUGUUGGUCAGUCUUUUUCAUGGUUUUGCUAGCAUUAAUCAUCCUCUUGAUGGUCUUUGUCUCGCAGUGUAGAAAUUAUUUUAAAGGGAACUGGAAUAUCAUGCUGCAACAUGUUCAUAGAGGAUGCAGUUUUGCUGCCUACAGGUUAGCUAAGUUGGGUCUAACUAGUGAGAUGGAUUUUCAAGAGCUUGCGGAGCCUCUCCUGAUUUAGUCCGAACUAAUGUUGAUGAUUGCUCUGGUGUUGCCAGAGCUAAAUUAGUUGUUCUUUAGUUUGCUUCUCUCUUUUUCUCCCUUGUGCCCGAAAAAUUAUGAGCAACACUUUUAUUUUUCUCUUAACAGAACAAUAUACACAAGUCAAGUUUCUGGCUA